AUGAGAAAUCGCGACAUAGAAUGUGUAAAAGAGCUGAUCAGGGCUGGAUGUUUCUUUAAUUGUGAUCGAGGAUUGGAGGCUUUAGAGAUGGCAAAGAAUGAACGCUUUAUGGCUGCUGUUGCCGAAGGCGAGAAAGCUAUGCAGAAAUAUCUUAAACAUGACUCGGACCAACAUGGGACCUCAUUUUGUGUGGCUUUUAUUAAUGAACGUAUUGAUUUACUCAAUGAAUUAAUAAACGCGGGGGUUUCCAUCAAUUUAAAAUAUUUAAAUUGUGAUAAUUUAUCGAGAAAGGAAGCUCUCAUUUACAUGCUCCCUAUUUCACCUCAAAACAAUCCUAGUGGAGCAGUUGGAAAUUUAGAGACAAUGCUUUCUCACACUGUACAGUUGCAAGAAACAUCAAUUGUGAAAAUUCUAAUUGAAAAAUACUCUGAUCUUGAUAUUGUAAAUUUCUCCAAAAAUAAAGCUCUUCAAGUCGCUUGUAGUGGUGAUAGAGUUGAGCUAAUAAAUGCACUGUUGGUUGGGGCUAAAAUGGAAGCGGUUAGUUGCUCUCACAUAGAAAUCGUUAAACUGCUUGUAUCCUCUGGCGCGGAUGUUAACUGUAUUGAUGAAGACGGUAGUACAUUAUUUAUAAAAGCUGUUCAAUCAAAACAAAUGGAGAUUGUCAAAUUUUUUUUAGAAAAGAAAGUAAAUAUUGAUCAAGCAGAUGAUUCUCAGAGUACAGCUCUUCAUUAUGCCUGCAGGUCAAAUAGUCUGGAAAUAGUAAAAUUACUUGUGAACGCUGGAGCUAAAGUUGAGGUUUUUAAUAAUGAAAGUUCGACACCUUUCUCCAUAGCAUGUAAGAUAUCCAAUAUGGACAUGAUGAAGCUUCUUAUCAAUGCAGGCUCGGAUAUAAAUUGUGUAGACACUUAUCAACGAACGCCUCUCAUAAACUCUAUUAGGGGAGAAAAUCAACAAAAACCUCUGUAUAACUUAAUAGGGUGUUUCCAUUACAGUGCACCUUAUAUAAAUUCUACUACGGAAAGUCACUUUGACACCACACAAUUUUUGCUAGAACAUGGAGCUGAUAUUUCAAAUGUUGACAUAGACGGAAUGACAGCCUUGAUGUGGGCAGCUAAAACAAAUAACGAACAAGUCUUUGAUCUUUUGCUUGACCUUAAGCCUGUGGUCAACUGUGUUGACCUAAAACAGACGACAACAUUAGCUUUUGCGGUCUUGAGCAGUAACGUACAUAUGGUAGCCAAGUUGAUACAAGCUGGAGCUGAUGUUAAUAUCGCCUCUAAUCGUCAAGUCAAAACCCAUGCAUUUUGUAUGAAUCCGAUUUUAAGCAAAAUGCAAAACAUUGUAGAAAAAUGUUCAAGUGGUAAAAACACACCGCUACAUUUAUCUGGGAAUUCGAGAUACGACAGCAACAAAAUAGUGAACUUACUGCUAAAAUCUGGAGCUAAUAUUCAAGCAUUGGAUAAACAUGGUAGAACACCUUUACAUAUCACAGCUACUGCGGGUAAUUUGGUGAUCUUGCAAUCUUUGUGUCAGUUUGGUGCAAAUAUAAAUGCUGUUGACAAUUACGGAAAUUCACCAUUAUUUACUGCUUUGCUAUUCGAACACAAAGAAGUAUCUAAAUAUUUAAUAGAAUGUGGAGCUGAUGUAAAUGUGAUAUGCGAGUCUCUAUGCACUCCAAUAAUUGCCGCUGUUUUAAGUAGUGACUCAGAGCUUAUACAUUUAUUGAUCCAACAUGGCGCAAUUUUAGAUAUCAAUAAAUAUUCCAAGCUAAUGGUUGCACUUGAACAUGGAAACGUUGAUGUAACAAUUGCUUUAUUAGAAAAUGGAGCUGCUACUAAUAUCCUAGAUACUAAAAAGACACCACCACUAACGAUAGCCAUAAAACAGGCUAUUGGUGCUUAUAUAUCCAAGGGAAGACUAAUAUACUUGGAUCAACUAACAAAUGGGAGAAAAGAAAUAAAACAUGUAGCUGAAUUAUUUUUAAACAAUGGCGCCAAUAUUUCAGCUACUGAUGAUGAAGGUAACUCUUGUCAACACGAAGCGGCUAAGUUUUGUAGCGCGAAUAUCUUUGAGUUGUUUGUAGCCCACAAAGCUGAUGUGAAUGUCCAGAACGCAAAAGGUGAGACGCCGUUAAUGAUAGCUUGUAGUGUUGGCAAUGUCGAGGUGGUCAAGUACCUUCUCACUGUUGGAGCUGAUGUGACGUUGGUGGAUGAAAACAAGGAUACAGCCUUGCAUCAUACGACUCUUAAUGGGAACAAAAUGUGGCGUACUACGGACAUUAUUUCAGAAUUUCCUCCAGAAAUUCCUCCAAAUCUAAACUUAAAAAACAACCAAGAAAACACACCACUUUUCCUUUUGACCAACGAUAAUAUGAUUAAUUACUUGAUUGAUGCUGGAACUGACAUAAACUUACAAAAUAAAUUAGGAGAAACAGCUUUACACAACGCCUGUAAUGUGAAUGUUGCACGUGUAUUAUUAGAAAUGGGAGCAGAUAUGAACAUUCGUACAGACAAUGGACAGACAGCACUAAUGUAUGCCACAGCAGCUGGUCAAUACUCAUUGGCUCAAUUUUUUGUAGAACAAGGUGGUUAUGUAAACAUGCAAGAUAAUUGUGGAAAAAAUGCAUUGAUGCUUGCCAUUGAUAAUUAUGCCCACAACACAAUGCUUACUAGGAAAUGUAUCAUUAAUUUUGUAACGAUUCUUUUAGAACAUGGGGCAGAUGUUAAUGCAAGUGAUGCCACAGGCCAGACCGCUUGUAUGAUAGCGGCAAAAAAAGAUUACACCGAAUACAUUUUGGAAGUUUUACCCAAAUUCGCAGCAUAUGGGGCUGAUUUGAAUCAGGUGGACAGUGAAAACAAAUCUGUUCUCGUUCAUAUUUUAUUAAACUUUUAUAGAAACAAAUUGAAUUGUAUUUUAGAUAUACUACAACUAGGCGCAGAUAUGGCAGUUGAUAAUGAGUACCGGUAUUUAGUCAAAGAAAUGAGUAACGAAAUUGAGACGCACAAAGAAUACGGGAGAACGACCAGUGACUUGUCACAAAGAUUGUUUCAGUUUUGUCUUGUGAAUGGAUGCAUUUUGUUAAAGGCAUUUAACCUCUGGGGAAUAGAUAAAGCCCUACAACUUCCUCACUUUAUGUCUUUUAACAGUUUAGUAUUUGUCAAAUAUCUUUUCGCCACCGGAAUGAUAUUCAAGUGUGAUCUACAAAGGUUUCGGAAGUUUAAAGAAGACAACUCGGUCAAUGCCACAACGCUGAAUAUUCCACCUGAAUUACAAUCAGCAAUCCAAGAACCCUGGCCACUGGUCAAACUAGCUUUUAUUGAAGUCUCCACCUUACUUGGGACUGGGCCUAUGAGAGAAGAAAAACUAAAACAGACCAAACUCCCACCAAAAUUACAGAGAACGUUGAUGUUUCAAGAACCAAUAUCAAGAUUACCUGUAGAAGACUGGUCUAAAAUACCUCUUUGUUUUGACCCAGUACAGUACGAGACUUUACCCUGUCCUAGACCUUUACUCUACUACUGGCCUAUUGGUCAUAGGCUCGUUGUUUAA